AUGGUAGCCCUUACCUGCAGAGAAUGCAAGCUUGAGAUGGGCAGUAGGGAUGCCCUCGCGGCGCAUUGGCAGAAACAGCGAAAUGAAGGCAAGCGCCACUACCACUGCUCCCUCUGCAUGGAGCCCUUCCGCACUCCAGAGGCCGAACAUCGUCAUCACAAAGAGAUCCACGCAGCCAAGCAGAACCUUGACUGUCCAGGAUGCAAUGAGCGAGCAAACCGCUGCAAGCGGAUCAAGAACGACGACUAUGUCGCCCGUCGCGAGGAGAAGCUCGCGUUUGCGAGGGAGUUGCAGCGUCUCCAUCCGAACCUACCCGACGACAGCUCAGUCGCCACCCUCAGCCUGGCAGAAACGGCGCCCACCCGACAAGGGCCGAAUGUAGCGAGCGGUACUCGCAGCCUCUCAUCUCUCCGCCCGAAAGCCGAGAACACUGUGCGCCCGAAUCCGGUCACUUUUGCCAUUAAAAGAGAACGAAACAUAAACCUCUUCCCAGAUGCCCCUCCCGCACUGCGCCCCAGCCGCGAGACGCAAGAGGCCCUCCAGCGGCCGGCCCAGACGAAAGACACUGCGUGGCCGCCACACAACCCUCAAAACCCGCGAUGGGAUCCGGCAGAGUACUUUGUCGCGUAUAUCAAGAAGUACAAGUGCCGUCACAACCGCUACCCCAAGUCGUUCCCGAGCGUAGCAGGCAUCCGCGCCCACCUUCUCUCGGCGCAGCAUGCCGGGCUGGUCAGGGGCGUGCGCUGCAACCUAAGCGAGACCAACGGCUACCGCCAGUUCCUCGACCAGCUGACGGCGGGCCUUGUGGACACGACCGAGAAGAACGACGACGGCAUUGAGAAGUACGAAGAGCCCAACCAGUCUCGCGAGUGGUUCGGCACGGAGCAGGGCAGAGCCUUCGCGUCCUGAGGUCGGUGAAAGGAAUGGCUAUCUUCCUGAAGCGAAACCGUCGCUAGAAAACCAUAGUGUAGAAUACCUUCCUUCCUCUGGAACUUGUGCUCGGCCUUGUCUGUGUCCUUGGCGAAUGUGACACGCGCUUUCA